GGGUAGACGUCCUACGCCCAAAAUGGCGGCAGGAUUGAAAAGUUUGUUGCUGUUUUUGUUUUAUUUUAUGACAUCUUAUAGGUCUCUGUCCCCCUCUGAAUAUAUCCCUACUUUUUAAUCACGGUUGAGAAGGUUAGUCGUUUGUCUGGAGCGGUGUUUUGUUUAGUUCGGAUCGGUAGCGCGCCUCCGUGGAAGUGUUUGAGGCAGAUGACACUGAACUCGUGCACAUCACUGCGUCUAAUACAAUUAAAAUGAAGAGCAUUUCUACAUAGAGAUGGAGGAUGACGUAAAGAAAGUAAAAAAGCCAGGUAUUGUGUCUCCGUUCAAGCGGGUGUUUCUGAAAGGAGAGAAGGUGAGAGAUAAGAAGACUCUAGAGAAGUCCACUGAGCGUAGGGCCCUCCACACCUUCUCCCUCUCUCUCCCAGAUCACCGUAUCGACCCAGACAUUCUGCUCAAUGACUACAUUGAGAAGGAAGUUAAGUAUCUGGGACAGCUGACCUCAGUUCCUGGAUAUCUGAAUCCCUCCAGCCGCACAGAGGUUUUACAGCUUAUUGACAAUGCCAGGAAGUCUCAUCAGUUGGCAGGGCAGCUGACAUCAGAGCAGGAUGCUGUUGUCAGUUUGUCGGCAUACAAUGUGAAGCUCAUGUGGCGCGACGGAGAAGACAUCAUUCUCCGCGUACCCAUUCAUGACAUCGCAGCUGUGUCCUACAUCAGAGACGACUCACUCCACCUCGUGGUGCUAAAAACAGCUCGGGAGCCCGGAGGUUCUCCAUGUCAUAGUACAGAGAUGUCAAAAUCUCCCACUCUGAGCUCUCUUUCGGAGAGCGGCGCUGUGCUUGUGGAGGUCUGCUGCCUGCUUGUGCUGGCUGUCGACAAUAAGGCUGCAGCAGAGGAGCUGUGUCUUCUACUUAGUCAAGUCUUCCAGAUCGUCUACACUGAGUCCACCAUUGACUUCCUGGACAGGGCCAUCUUUGAUGGAGCCACAACACCCAUCAGGCAUCUCUCGAUCUGCAGCGAGGACUCCUCAAGCAAAGAUGUCAAAGAAGUGUUUGAGGCCGAGGCGAGCACAUUUACUUUCCAAAGCUCUCUAGAGGCGGGACACUCCUCUAGCCCCUCCCCAGCCUCACCACAAACCAUAACAGCCAGUGAGAGUGAACUAAGCACAACAGCUGCUGAGCUUUUACAAGACUACAUGACCACAUUGAGGACAAAGCUGUCAUCUCAGGAGAUCCAGCAGUUUGCCACACUGUUACGUGAGUACAGAAACGGAGCCUCCAUCCAUGAGUUCUGCAUCAACCUGCGUCAGCUUUACGGAGACAGCAGGAAGUUCCUCCUCCUGGGACUGCGGCCUUUCAUUCCUGAGAAGGACAGCCAGCACUUUGAGAACUUUUUGGAAACCAUCGGCGUGAAGGAUGGCCGCGGCAUCAUAACGGACAGCUUUGGACGUUACAAACGCACGACAAGCUCUGCGUCAGACUCCACCACUAAUGGAAACGGUGCCGCAGGUGGAUCGGAUGAAGGAACGCCCACCUCUGAGGGCGACGAAUGGGACCGCAUGAUUUCAGACAUAAGCAAUGACAUUGAAGCGUUAGGAAGCAGUAUGGACCAGGACGGCGUGUCGUCUUGAUGUCACAGCACUGGGUCAGUGACUCGCAGUGUGCUUUAGCCAAUCGCCUCUUGAGAUCAUCACGCGGGGCUUUGGCCCUUAUUGCUGUCCAUUCAAUCUGACAAUGCUGGAGUUUGGAUACCACUUCCUGGCCAUCAUCCUUAUUUUUAUAUGUUGUGCCAUAUUAACACAACCAGAGUUUACUGAUUUUGAUUUUCAAGACCUGUGACAGAAGAAUUGUGUAUUGCUGUGGACAGCAGUUGUGUUCUUCUGGGAUGUUUAUUGGCAGUAUCUGCUACCACUAAUGAGAAACCUUGUUGCUGGUAGAUAUUGCUCUUUCACACUGAUCUGCAUGAAAGCUUAUUUCUACCAAGAAUAAAUAAUACCUUUUAUUUUACAGUUCUGACUUUUUCCUUAUAUUUCUGAGAAAUUCUCAGAUUUGCGAGAUAUAAACUUGAAAUUCUGAGGAAAAACUUCAGAAUUGAAAGAAUUUAUAACUUAAUGUAAAAGAUUGUAGUCACUUGUUUUAUUCGAAAAAUAAAGGUAAUUGUGCCUUUUUAUUCCAUAGUUCAGACUUUUACAGCAAAUGCAAGUUAACCUCUUGCUUCUGACUUUAUCAGAAUUGUGAAAAAUCUAAAUUGAGUUUAUAUCUCUCAAGUCAAUUGCAAGAUGUUAAAUUACAUAAACUUUGGUUUAUUAGUCAGUUGUGAGAAUGCUCAGAAUUAUAAGUUAAAAAGUAACCCUUUACAAAAAAAAUUAUGAGUUUCCCUCAAUUUUUCUCAGCUGUGUUUGUCUCGCAGUUGAGAUUAUAUCUUGAAAUUCUGACUUCCAUGAAAAAAGGGAGCAAAGUACUGGAUAACUCAUUCGGACAAAAAAAUUAAUUGCAAGUUUUAAAAACUCAACUGUUACCUUUACCAAUUACCUUUAUUUAUAUAAAAAAAAAUAACUUUUUAUCUCAGUAUCAUGUUUAUAUCUCGCAGUUUAUAUCUUGCAAUUCUGAUUUAACUGACGGAGAAGUCAAUAUUAUGAGACCACUUGUGUCUCACUGAAUGCGUCUUCUGAUCAGUGUGAAGGUGCACUUCCUAAAGCGUGAUCUGCAUUGCCUUAUGUGUGUUGAUGGACCUGAUGGACAUGAGGUGCAGUAUAUUUCUCCUGCACUGAAGUGCCAAUCAAAACUUGACCCUUUUACAGCCUCAAAUAUUAACUGGUCAUUGUUCUUGUGACACGUUUUUCCUCUAACAUAUAUUUUUUACUUCUUUUAAAUUUCAUCAAACCGAGUUAUUAUCAUGUGGGUUUCUUCAGGUAGGAAAUGUAGCAUUAUAUAUUUCUGGUUUUGACUGAAAACCUGGAAAAUCUGGAUAUUAGACAAAGUCAAUUUUCUGGCUGAUCGAGAAUGCAAUAUUCAGUGCACUGCAUUACACUCAUGUCCUGUCGUUCAUUGUAUCUCCUCAAGAGUUUUCAGUAAUCUAACAUUGUGCCUUUGCAGAUUCACUGAUUGUAUCAUCCGACAUGGAUGCAAGUAAUGUUCUGUAAUCUGUACAGAAUGUGACUGAAGUAUGAAUUAAAAAAAAGUGCAGCA